AGCAUCAUUUAGAGAAAACCUCAUCUUCAAGUCAUUCACCAAGAAUUGGAAGUAGAAAGCAGCUCUUGGGCCUUAGGCAGCUGGAUUGAGACAUCGUGUGCACAUUGGGGAUCAUGAGUCAGAGGCUGAGAGAUGCUCCAAACUUCUGGAGAUGGCACCCAGGAUGUCCUGGAUUCCAACAGCCCUGUUUGUAUGGGGUUUGGAGGCCACCACUGACUGGCUGGGUCACUUUACGCUGUUCACUGCCACAGAGGAUGGUGUGGCCUUUGGAUUUUACAUGCUGGGGAGAAAUCAGGAAUGCUCCAAAAUGGGAAGAAAUUUGAUUCAUCCAGAGACAGAAACAAACCUUUCAAGUUCAGAAUUGGCAAACAGGAAGUCAUCAAGGGUUUUGAAGAGGGCGCAGCCCAGAUGAGCUUGGGGCAGAGGGCGAAGCUGACCUGCACCCCUGAUGUGGCAUAUGGAGCCACGGGCCACCCUGGUGUCAUCCCUCCCAAUGCCACCCUCAUCUUUGACGUGGAACUGCUCAACUUAGAGUGAAGGCAGGAACUCCAGGUGGCUGGAGAUGGCUGCUGCUCACCCUCCUAGCCUGCUCUGCCACUGGGACGGCUCCUCCUGCUUGGGGCUCUUGAUCAGUGUGCAAACCUCACUGCCCCACGGCAUUAUCCAUUAUCUCUGCCCAAGUUGCUCUAUAUGUGUUUGUCAUUGUUCACACCCAUCUUUGCUUGAGGAAACUUUGGUUGCAGAUCCAAACAUUUCAGGUUGUGGAUUUUGCGUGAUGCAUGUAGUAGCCAUUCCUGAUCACAGAACACAAUUUGUUUGCACAAUCUAUACUGCCUUACCUUCACUUAAACCAGACACACAGGUGCUCAGACUUGAAAUGUACAUGGUGUACACAGAGGGACUUGAGCCAGUUACCUUUGCUGUCACAUUCUUAGAAAUUGUUGGCUGCUUACACAAUGUCCUCUUUGAAAAUGGUAUGUAAAAUAAAGGCUCUCUGCUCGACAAAUUCUGUCCAUCUUUA